AUGUCAGAAACAACUUCAUUGCCCGAACCCUCUAACGGACAACUGCCCGUACGGUCGGCCAGGGGUAGAAAGUGCCCAUAUUGCCCCCGUCAUUUCCUCAAGGUCGACCACUAUACCAGACAUGUCCGCUCCCACACCAAGGAAAAGCCUUUUGUCUGUGAUGUUUGCUUCAAGAAGUAUCCUCGCAAUGAUACGUUGCUCCGACAUAUGAGAACUCACAAUGCCAAAAAUGCAAACACGGCUUCUGACAUCAAGGGUAUCAUCUUUAUGCCCGGCAUUGAUCCCAAAUCUCGCAUUUCUAGGGCAUCACGGCACCGACAUGACGCUGAAAGCACACCUUCAGAAGACCAGCAUCCACGCGCUGCGACGCAACUGGAUCAUAAUGCUAUGGGCAUGCACCAUCUCUUCUCGCCAUCUACGGGCCUCAUCGAGAAUGGUAUAGGUGAGAAUAUUGGUCAACACUCACCCAACCUGCUAGACCCUCACCUAGGAUCAGAUGUCAAUCUAUCCUUGCACGAAAGUCAUACUUCCGCGUCUUUCCAACCAAGCAUCUACAGUGAAGAUUUUGCAGAAUCCGGCCUGUCCCUACCAGAUCACACACAGGAUCUACUGUCAUCAAAAUCGGUUGACUCGGCAAAUUGGCUUCUGACCAACGACUUUGACUUCUCCAUCUUUGACGACAUCAAUAAUCAUCAUUCAAUCGAUGUUUAUGAUCCUUACGGCCGAGACCUAACAACACUACCCGCCAUUGAAGAAACCUCACCUGAAAGCACGGGCCCUGGCCCAGAAGUCGCAGACCUUAGGCAUCUGUGGUACACGCCUGUACCCAGCAUUGUAUCCGGAUUUGAAGCCAGUCAAGUCCCACGUAGUGUCUUAGUUGGCUCACCUCAAACCAACGAGGAGAUUGAUGAAGAAUAUCGCGCCAAUCUAGCAAACAAGCUACAGCCUCCAAUACGCAAUGAGCCAUUACCGUCCAUUGAGCUCCUGAACCUUUGCAUACACAUGUUCUUCAAGCGCUUCAAUCUCGCCUUGCCACUUGUGCAUGCCCCGACCUUUCGACCAACGACAGCCGACCCACUGCUGGUACUUUCCAUCUGCUCCGCAGGGGCAUUGUCAAUGGGUUCGGCUGUAGCGAGCAAAACAGGAUGCAUGCUCUUCGAGCGAGUCCACAAAGCCCAGGUGGGCCAGCCUUUUGAGAAGAUGGUCUUGGGAAAGCCAGAUAAAAUACGGGCAACAAUGAAAGCAUCUAUGGUGGGGCAGACGUUUGCUUUACUUUCUGCGCACUCGUCUCAUCUUUAUGUCGCCUCCUCAUUUCACGGUACCUUGAUUUCUGCUGCUCGCCAUGCACGACUUUACCACCGUACGUCUGCAUUUGAACUGAAGAGCGACCUGAGCUCUGAAGAAUUGAUUAAUUCAUGGCACAUAUGGGCGCGAAGAGAAGAACUGAAAAGAUUAGUUCUUGCACAGUAUAUCCAUGACGCCGAGCUCGCCGCUUUGUUCCAUCAUGAGCCGAUCUUCCGCCACCAUGCUGCUGUCCUCCCUGAGAUCUCGAGCUCGGCUCUUUUUGAGGCUCCCUCGGCACAGAUUUGGGCGCAGAAAUGGAAGGAAGAGCAUGAUGCUCGUGAGUUGGCCGGGAGUUCGCAGCCAUCGCCGACCUUUGCCGGUGGGUCAAGGUGGUGCGCCCAACCGUACUCGACCGACACUCCCAUGCUUGUGAGAUACGCACUACUGUCCGGGAUAGCCGCGUCCAUCGCUGAGAGCCGCCAUCUGAAGUAUCUUGAUCCUGAGGUAGUUCAUCGAUACGAGGCCGAGUUAAUACACUGGCACAAUACUUUUUCUGAAGACCACACACAACCCUCGUCGCAUUCGGACCUGGCUGAGGUUCCGUUCAGCCUCAAUCCACUUUGGCACUAUACAUGCAUGACGUUGACAACAGACCUUGACAUGCUGGAGCGUGCGGUCGGUAAGGACGGCUCAAGUGUAUCCUCUUCAGUCCAACAAUACGUCUAUGCUUGGAUCAGCUCGCCGGAUUCAAAGCGGUGCUUGUAUCACGCAUUGAAAUUGCAACAGUCUGUUUCUGAUUCCAGUGUUGGGGCUGUCACUGCGAUUCACACACCAAGAAUUCUCUUUGCUGCUGCAAUUUGCUGGCAAGCAUACAUAAUAUACCGGCCGCACAUUUUGGAUGCUUUGCAAAAUGAGGGCAAAGGAGGGACUAGAGCGGAUGGCUCCGGGACAAAAACAAUGCACGCCUUUCAGAGUAACCCAUCUAACACAUCUAUGGUGGCAAUAGGCGAUGAUGGAGAUUCACAGAAACUAGACAAAAUUUUGGCUACGAAUGCAGCCGAGAUGAAGGCCGCCACUCUCUGCAUCCUUGAGAGCACCUUGCGCCGUCUGGGAUCGUGGGGGAUCUCGAGAUCAUUCGCUGAUUUAGUCCGAGCAUUUAUCUUUGGAACGGAUGCUUGA